CGAACAUUGAACUGAGCUGCACGUCACUCGUUGGUUGAGGCAGUGACGAGGGCCCUGGCACUGCUGCGUAUAUAAACCUUGCCCUUGUUCGCGCGCGCGGGUGCUACCAAGAUACCCUCUGUCCUCUGCCCGCCAUGCUGCAGUCCAUAUCACCCCUGCUGACGUUUCCUGCGUUCAUCCUGCUUCUUUUCGUGUCCCUCUCGACACCCAUCAUCAAGUCCAUCCACCUGUUUUCUGUGACGUCUGAGCUCAGCACAAACGUCUUUGGUGCGGAUGUUGGAGUCUCUGGUUAUGCCAACUUCGGCGUGUGGGGGUACUGUACCUCCAACAUCGAGAUCUCAGGUGUUUCAGACCUCGAGGACACCAUCUCGAAGGUGACCACGGCGGCCCUCGUGUUGCAUCCUAUAGCAUGCGGCUUGACGUUCCUCGCCUUCCUCGUUUCCGUGCUCAUGGUCUGCCGGGGACGUGAUGGCCCAGCCCGUCUGCCGUCAAUCUGCUCGCUGCUUUGGGGGAUUUUUGCAGCCGUUCUAACGACCGCGGUCUUCCUCAUCGACAUCAUCUUUGUCGCGAUCGUCCGUAACAAGGUCCGCGACAAGAGCGAUGACCAGGUCGACUUGCAUUUUGAUGCUGCUAUUUGGAUGGUUCUCGCCGCCGCUGUCGCUUUGUGGGUUAGCCUAAUCGGAGGUUGCUGUGGAGUUUGUGCGUGUGGCGGACGCGGACGCAAGGAUAAGUAUUAGUCGCGCGGCGUCCUAUGAUGUCCUCCAUCAUUCUGAGAUGCUCGGCGGCCUACCCUGAUAGAUGACAGCGACUAGACACGGUUCCAUACUCACAGCGAGACAUCUAUAGUGUGUAUUUACCUCUCCUUCACCGUUCUUCGGACUGGACUAUCCUUACUUCACGUCUUUACGAAAUCCUAUAUUUCUAUUUAGUGGGACGACCUUUUGAGUAGGCGUUCCGACACGGACAAAACGUUCAGUUUGAGUGUUCCCCCAUUGGGCAAAUAAUGCGAGCGUGGGCCCGCAUGCACCGAGCG